CGCAAGAUGGCGGCGCCCAUGCUGAGACACCUGUGCCGCGUUCCGCAGUCAGGGGUCUGGACACGGGGGCCGCGUGCGGUGCGCCCUGGCGCGCGGGGAAUGUUGGUGGCACCAAGGGCCCGCGGCCUGUUCAAGGAGUUCUUCCCCGAGAGCGGCACGAAGACAGAGCUCCCCGAACUCUUUGACCGCCGCAGGGCGGGUUCGCCCCAGACUGUGUACUGCGGUUUCGACCCCACGGGCGAUUCGCUGCACGUGGGGCACCUGUUAACUUUAUUGGGUCUGUUCCACUUCCAGCGAGCCGGCCACAACGUGAUCGCGCUCGUGGGAGGCUCCACGGCUCUCCUGGGAGACCCCAGCGGCCGGACCAAGGAGCGCGAGGCGCUGAGCGCUGAGUGCGUGCGGGCCAACGCGCGCGCCCUGCAGCGAGGGCUGGAGACCUUGGCGGCCAACCACGCGCGCCUCUUCGCGGACGGGCGGCCCUGGGGCACUUUCACGGUGCUCGACAAUGCAGCCUGGUUCCAGAAGCAGCACCUAAUGGAUUUUCUGGCCACGGUGGGCGGCCACUUCCGCAUGGGCACUCUGCUUAGCCGGCUGAGCGUGCAGUCCCGUCUCAAGAGCCCAGAGGGCAUGAGCUUGGCUGAGUUCUUUUACCAGGUGCUCCAGGCCUAUGACUUCUACUACCUUUUCCGGCACUAUGGAUGCCGGGUCCAGCUGGGCGGAUCAGAUCAGUUGGGCAACAUCAUGUCUGGCUACGAGUUUAUCCACAAGUUGACUGGAGAAGAUGUGUUUGGAAUCACUGUACCUCUAAUUACAAGUACAACUGGAGCGAAGCUGGGAAAGUCUGCUGGCAACGCGGUUUGGCUAAACAGAGAGAAAACAUCUCCGUUUGAACUUUACCAGUUCUUUAUCAGACAGCAAGAUGAUUCUGUAGAAAGGUACCUGAAGCUUUUCACUUUCCUUCCCCUCCCAGAGAUUGAUCAUAUUAUGCAGCUACAUGUCAAAGAACCAGAAAAGCGAAUUGCUCAGAAACGACUUGCUGCAGAAGUAACAAAGCUUGUUCAUGGACAAGAAGGUCUGGACUCUGCGAAAAGGUGUACACAAGCCCUUUACCAUAGCAGCAUAGAGGCACUGGAGGUCAUGUCUGACCAAGAGUUAAAGGAAUUGUUUAAAGAAGCUUCAUUUUCUGAAUUAGUUCUUGACCCUGGAACGAGUGUCAUAGACACAUGCCGUAAAGCAAAUGCCAUUCCUGAUGGUCCCCGAGGGUAUCGGAUGAUCACAGAAGGUGGAGUCAGUAUAAAUCACAGACAGGUAACAAAUCCUGAAAGUGUUUUAGUAAUUGGACAACAUAUUCUCAAGAAUGGACUUUCCUUACUUAAAAUAGGAAAAAGGAAUUUCUACAUUAUAAAAUGGCUUCAGUUGUGAAAGCUUUUGUCCAAAUUUGUCCAUCAUCCAUUUUCAAAAUGUGGAAGUCUUCAGAAACCCAAGAGUGGAUGUAUACAAGGCCCCCACACUAUGUAAAUACUUCUGUGCAUUUCAAAAUAAAGUGAUAUUUAAUUAUAGUUCA